AGAGGAGAAAAGCUUUGGGAAUGCUUCGUUGCUACGAGGCAUCGGGCCUCUCUUCUGGACUGAAUUCAAAUGGUAUGGACUUGCCAGAGUCUGACCACUCGCGGGCGGCAAGAGUGACUGUGCUUUUCUGUGCUGCAUGCAGGGCCCUGAGUGCGACUGAGUGAGUGGCGGCCGUCGACUGACCGACCAGGGCACAGGUGCGCCAGCAGCGUUAGAAGGAAGGGAAUGAUGCGGAGUGACUGUGUGCGUCUGUGUGUAUCUGGGUGUGUAUGCAGGUGUGUGACUCAGCGUAAUGGCCCAGCCGUCGUCUGCCGCAUCGCAAGCACCACCUGCUAUGCCGCCCGGGUGCUUGGGGCUCGAUGACGUCGACAUCGUGCCUGGUAGGGGCGUCACUGGUGUGACUCGGCAGCUGAUGGAGGGCUGCAUUCGGCGCACCUUCACUUCACACACACAAGUCACACAGCUGAUCCGUCAACGAGCCAACCCGAGAGCCACCGGCAGCCUGCGCGGCUAUCUUCGUGUCCGCGACUUUUACACCCCAUGCUGGCGAUACAGCUGUCUGGCUUACGCCAUCGACAGCCCAACAAAGCGCCCAUUCCUCUACGCGAGCGGCGCUGGUAACCAAAAGGUGCCCGUGCUGCUGCCGCAGUGGUCCUCCCGUCAGCUUCAGCGUGACGUCAUCAACACACUCGUCGACGGCGGGGCGGACGUCAAUGCGGCCGCCGGAGGGGAAGAGCGGCCCAUCCAAAUGGCCAUUGCGGCGGGCAACCAGACGGCUGUGGAUGCCCUCCUGGAGCGCCAGGCCAAUGUGCGGGGAUUUAGGGUGAUGGAGUUUCCCCACGUCUCUGAUUAUGCCCCUUCCGUCACUCGUGAGUACGAGGCGGCCCUCAUGUCGGUGUACCGUCGCCUCAUCCAGCACGACAGCACAGUCGCAGCCGAACGGUUCGGUGGAGACAGUCUGGUCCAUUUGGCGGCCAUCGCCCCCUCCAUCUUCUCCCAGCAAUUCAUCGACCAGUAUCUGGACCUCAUAACCAGCCACGGCGCCGACAUGACGGCAACAGACCCCAUCGGCUGGACGCCACUGCACAUCGCGGCGUUUCAUGGCUCUCCCUGUGUGGCUCGUUGGCUGUGCCGCCAGCUGACAGCCGACGACGUCAACAGAGGGAGGUCAAACCAGGCCAACCUGACACCCCUCGCAGAGGCUGCCGAGGAGCUCGAUCAGCAGCAGCAGGGAGAGGAGCAACAUGGAGAGGAGCUGGGCGAGGGGCGCUCAAGACACAUCCGCAACUACAAGGCCACCAUCGGUGUGCUGCUGCGGGGCGGGGCGGGGCGGCCCCAUCCAUCGCCCGCAUGCCCACAGCCACUGAGGAGGAGCGCCGUCAUCGCCAGCUGGUGCUGGCCGAGUAUGCGACAGUGCUGAGUGAGCUGUCCGAGGCCGUCAUGUCGGCCAUCAACAGCGCCCUCGCCCCCCAGCGCGACCACUCGAUGCUUCUCGCCCGUCUGCUGCCCCUCGCCCCCCACCACGACGGCGCCCACCCCCAUGCCUCCCCAUCCAACAUGGCAUUCGGACCACACGAGGCAGAGGCCAUCGGCUGGAAGAUCGGCGCCUUCCUGCACGAGCCCCCCGCUGCUGUGGCCGCCAUCGACCAGUACCUCAUCGGUGAGUCGGUACUGAGGAGCCGCGUCCGUGCGGCCGUCGCCCACUUCGUCAAGUCGGCGGCCACUCAGACGAGCAGCAACAGGGAGGUGGUGGGCGGGACGAGGCACGAGCAGCAGGGCGACAAGCGCGUCAAGGUGACCGUGCCGCCCCUGCAGUGCUUUGCCGUCCGCGGCAGUGGCGGGCAGGUGAAGCUGAUGGGUGUGCGUGAGGUGGUGCACCGGGCCCGGCUGGACGAGGCGACCACCCAUGGUGUGGCUGGGGUGGUCAAGGGCUUCAACGAGCAUCUGGGCGACCAGGAUUGCCAAUUUUCAUGGCAGCAGCUCGGCCGCAUCGACAGGGGGAUCGGGCUGUUUGUGCCGUUGGGCAUCAACUGACUGAGAGGGCGGUGGGGGCAAUAGGGUGAGUUGUACAUUUUCAAAGACAGUUUUGUUUGCUUCCAUGAUUGCCCGUUUGUGCGCCGUGCGUGGUG